AUGGAUGGAGUCUAUUUGGAUGAAAAUAGAGAGCUGGCAGCUGACUUUGAUGUCAUGAGCUGGAUUAUGUUCCCCAACAAUUCUUUCUUCAAACUGAAAUUAGGGGAUCUAGAAAGACAAGGAUCCCCAGAUCUCAAGUUUACUCUUGAUCAGGAUGGUUUUGCAAAACUGAAAUGGCUCAAGAAGGGCCUCCUUCCUUCCAGGUGUGUAGAAAGUUGUCAACCUGGAUUUGCUAAGGCGACUCAGGAAGGAGAGCCCAUCUGCUGUUACCUCUGCCUUCCCUGUGCAGAAGGAACCAUCUCCACCCAGGAAGAUGCAGAAAAAUGUAUGAGAUGUCCAGAAGAUCAGUAUCCAAAUCAGGAACAAAUCCAAUGUAUCCUCAAGAUCAUUACCUUCUUGUCCUAUGAAGAAACAUUAGGGAUCAUUUUGGUUUCCUUUACCCUAUUCCUCUCCUUCAUUACCUGUGUAAUAUUAGCCAUCUUCAUUAAAUAUCUAGAAACUCCAAUAGUCAAGGCCAAUAACCGUGACCUCUCCUAUAUUAUCCUUUUGACUCUCCUUCUUUCCUUCUUAACCUCCUUCCUCUUCAUUGGUCCUCCAAGGAAAGCAACAUGCCUUCUCCGACAAUCAACCUUCAGCAUCAUCUUCUCAGUUGCUGUCUCUUGUGUCUUGGCCAAAACAAUCAUGGUGGUGCUAGCCUUCUUGGCUACAAAACCAGGAAAUACAGUGAGAAGAUGGCUGGGAAAAAGCUUGGCCAACUCCAUCAUCCUUUCUUGUUCUAGUGUCCAAGUUGCCAUCUGUACUUUCUGGCUAUGGAAUUCUCCACCCUUCCCUGACUCUGAUAUGCAGUCUGAGCUUGGAGAGAUCACAUUACAAUGCAAUGAAGGAUCUGUUGCCAUGUUUUAUAUUGCUCUUGGCUACCUGGGCUUCUUGUCUACCAUCUGCUUCAUGGUGGCUUUCCUGGCCAGGAACCUCCCUGGAGCCUUCAAUGAAGCUAAGCUGAUCACCUUCAGCAUGUUGGUUUUCUGCAGUGUGUGGAUUUCCUUUGUGCCCACCUAUCUGAGCACCAAGGGGAAGUACAUGGUGGCUGUGCAGAUCUUCUCCAUUUUGGCCUCCGGUGUAGGUCUUUUGGGCUGUAUCUUCUUCCCUAAGUGCUACAUUAUUUUACUAAGACCAGAUCUGAAUACAAAGGAGCAGUUAAUGAUAAAAGUAAAAUAG